AUGUCAAAGAAUCCCCGAAAAGCGCCUGACACAAGAGCUAGCUCCAAAGCUAGCCCAGAGGAUGACGAUGCUACAUCUGCUGCUGCACCUGACCUGAGCAGCGGACAUGAAGCUAUCCUCCAAGCAAUCGCCGAGCUGAGGGCUGAACUGCUCGCCAAAGCGGAGACACGAGCUACUGAAAUCCGGAACCAGGUAGACCAGCUGAGAGCAUAAAUUAAACUUGCUACCGACGAUGCUAACGCUAAAAGUGAAGCCCUGGAUAAACGGGUGGUCGACCUGGAGUCUGCAGCCGACAGCCACUCCGACCAGAUUACCUCUCUGGAGCGGGAUAUGGCUAAUGUGCGGAGGGAGCUCGCCACUCAAAAAGCACGACAGGAGGACUUGGAGGCCCGGUCACGCCGCAAUAAUCUACGCAUCACCGGGAUAAAGGAGAGACGAGAGGACGGGAAGCGCCCGUCGGAGUUCAUAUCCCAGUGCCUGAAGGAAACGCUCGGCCUCGAUAAGACCCCUCUAUUAGACCGCGCACAUCGCUCAUUGCGGGUGAGACCAGGUGAUACUGACCCACCGAGAGCCUUCAUCAUCAGAUGCCAUUAUUACAGAGAGAAGGAGGAAAUUCUGAAAAAAGCCGGGCAGAUGAAACAUCUAACCACGGGGGACGGCGAUAACAUCCGCAUCCAGCCAGAUUACACACAAGCAGUCGCCAAGCAGCGGGCAGAGUUUAAUGAGGUGAGGGGCUUGUUGAGGACCUGCGAGGGAAUCCGUUAUGGCCUGUGGUAUCCAGCGGAGCUGAGGAUAACGACGUCGGAUGGCGUGCGCACAAGCUUUAAAGACCCAAAACAAGCCAAGGACUUCAUAAUGAAAAACUUGAAGCGGUGA